AUGCAGAACCAUAUCGGCAACAAGUUCUACACACCAAAAGGCUGGUUUCCGGGAAUGCCUCGUCUCAGUCUCAAGCAGCGUCUGGAAGAUAGGCGAGCACUAGGCCGGGCAGACAAGGAGGCGGCAAGAACAGCCACCGAAGAUGUGUCUCAGCCGACAUCCCCCAAGGGCAUGCUGAAGUCGAACAACGUGUCGGAGAAUGGGAUGCACACACCAAGCGUGCGCGAAGGAGCGGAAACCCAGCCGAAAACCCCGAAGAGCAUUCUCAAAUCGAACAAAGUGUUGGAAGAUCGGAUGCGCACACUAGACGUGGGAGGAGGAACGGAGCCAAAGCGGGUCAAGUGGGACGAGAGGCUGGUCCAGAUCAAGUGGACGGCAAAGGGAAUCAACGAUGGAAUCUGA